AUGACGCAUUAUCCAGUGACCAGUCUCGACGACGGCGUCCUUACACACCAAAACAUGAUGCUCUUAGAAAACGUGACAAACUUGGAAAGACCUGCCAUAGACUACUACCAUUGCGACCUUUCGCGAGACGAUCCCCUGGUGAUGCCCCAGACCUGGAACCUACUGCUGCGGCUCGGCAAAUACAAACUGCUGCGGCUGCCCUCGUGUUCUGCAGAAGAUGAAAAAGACUACCAGCGAUAUGUGAAAAGAUUGCACCAUUGUCUGUGGCGUCGCUGGUCCAUCUCGUACUACAAGCUGGGCACCAAAAAACUCGAUCCCGGGGCGAUCAACUGGAACAAAGAACAGGACUUCACCGUGCUGUACGGCCCGGACCUCACUGUGGACGACGAGCGUCCACAUCCAAGCCCAGAACCGAAACCUCAGCACUCCGAAAUAGAGCCAGCAGACGCCAAACCUGUGCUGUCGCUUGUGUCCUCCAAAAACGUAGACUCUGAACCCGAGGAUUUCUUUAGCUGCGUCUCGUCAUCGCUCGAGUCCCGUGACUCCUCCAUCUUCGACCACGUCCCUUCAAAACCGUGUCUCAGACACGACAAAUCUUCCCAUCGUGGCCGCAGGCGGCCUCUGAAGUUCAACGACCAGGUGCUGUGCCGCAACAUCGACCCUUACGGUUCUCUUUGUGAGUGCAAAAUUGUACUAAAUGACACCCACAUGCGUAUUCUACAAAGCGAGUCCGAACCGGAGCCAGAAGCAGACUACAUUCAGUAUCCCACUGGCAUCUGGGAUGCAGAGAGCGACCUGGAUUUGGAAUUUGCUUGA